CUUCUAAUCAAUGAAUACAACUAAUUUCAGUAAAUCCACAAGCUUUUUUAGCAUAAAUUCUUGCUUUCUUGACAUUUGGUCUGACGAAAUGUUGGCUAUUUGGGUUCCUAUUGCCGUAUAUUGGAUUCAAUGCAGCUUCUUCGAACUAUUGAUGCAGCUUAAAAUCCCCUUUUUGAACAAUAUCCAUGAAUUGGCUCUGAAGCAAUAUACAGCUGUCAUGUCCAGCAUUUUAGAUCAAUUUGGAUAUAAACAAGAGCAGACAUUAUCUAUGGCAUAUCAACUUGCUACAGUGAUUCAAAACUAUAUUGUUCCGUGUGCUCAGUUUUUUAUUGCUAUGUUUAUUGUAGACACACAUCAAUAUGCUCUUCAUCGUCUUGCUCAUACAAGCGCAUUCCUUUAUAAACAUAUGCACUCACAUCAUCAUCGUCUCUAUGCACCUUAUGCCUUUGGUGCCUUGUACAAUCAUCCUGUAGAAGGCUUUUUAUUAGACACAUGCGGAGCAGCUUUAGCUUUUGAAUUGACAGGCAUGUCACCUCGUCUUGGCAUGUACUUUUUUGCCUUUUCUACACUAAAAACAAUUAAUGACCAUUGUGGAUAUUCAUUUCCUUGGGAUCCUUUGACUGUCUGUUUUAGAAACAAUGUCAACUAUCAUAAUAUCCAUCAUCAAGCCUAUGGUAUCAAAACAAAUUUCUCCCAGCCUUUCUUUACUUUUUGGGAUGUUCUCUUGCACACUGAAUAUAGCCAAGUUAUCAAGGCUAAAGCAGCCAAAAUGAAAUCAUAGAAGCAAUCAUUCCAGAUUCUUCUUAAUGAUUCAUCAACCUCUCUAUGCUAUAAUUUCUUAUAUAUAUAUAUUUUACAUAUUGACUAAAUAUAAUGAUUUCUCGACACAGUUGUUCUCUCAAAUACUCUGCAUGU